CUCAGGAGUUUAAGUUUAAAAUGUACCGGACACUGCUAGUGGUGGUAAAAGCAUUUAUCAGUCGGGGUUGUGUUUCAUGUGGAAACUUCGUCCUGGAAUAGAGAACGCCUGUCUUUAUUGAAGGAUGAGCACCCUUGCUGUAAAUGAUGAAAACAUUGGAGAUGGCUGCAGCCGAAAAGCAGUUGGUUUGGAGGUGAGCUGUGACAUGUUUGCAACUGCCCAGCCCACCGGGAGACCUUCCAUACUACGCCAAUCCCAAAUGGAGAACGUCCAAACCAAAAACAUGCCAAAGGCUAAGGUUUGUUUUCAGACACCUCAGCGGCAUCCUGUCACAAAGAAGAUCAUGUCUCCCUCAAAGAACAAAACCUCUGGUGUUGUGGCGUCUCCAGAUCAAUCAAUUGAUUUUAUGUCAUUGACUACACAGAUGGCAUCUUUGGAAAUCAAAGGGGGCCCUGUAUCUGAAAAACCAUGUUCAAAUGACGUACACUCCGCUCCUUUGCUCGGAAUUAUCAACCUUGAUGUUGUGAAUCCUUUCAAAUCCUCUGGGCUAGUGGGUAAUUCCCCAGAGAAGGCCCAGAUCUCCGCAAAGCAUCUGGCCCCUGUAGAAAGUGACGCCAUGGAUCCUUUUAAAGCCUCCCUUCUGAUGAAUAACUCUCCAGUCCCUGCUAAACCUGAGACUACUGUAUCUGGCAAAACCCAAGAUUCUUUCAAUUCCUUGAGUCUUAUGGGUAACUCCCCAGUGAAACCACCAGUGCCUGUACAACUUCAGACCAACGACCAGAGUGAGCCUCUGGCCCAGCCUACUGUACAGGUCAUGGAUCCUUUCAAAGCCUCCUAUCUGAUCAGCAACUCCCCUGUCAAGACUCCAGUCUCUGCUGAACUUCAGGACAAAAUCCAAGAUCCCUUCAAAGCCUCCAAUUUAAUGGUCAACUCUCCAUUGAAGCCCCAGAUCUCCGCAGAACUUCAGAUCACUUCACAAGGUGAUGACGUGGAUCCAUUUAAGGCCUCCAAUCUGAUGGGCAACUCUCCGGUAAAGACUCCAAUCCCUGCAGAACUUGAGCAGAAAACCGAAGAUCCCUUCAAAGCCUCAGAUUUGAAGGACAAUUCCCCAUUGAAGACUCUGAUCUCUGCAGAACUUCAGAUCCCUUCACAAAGUGAUGCUGUGGAUCCUUUUAAGGCCUCCAACCUGAUGAAUAACUCUCCAGUCAAUACUCCAGUCCCUGCUAAACCUGUGACCACUGUAUCUGGCAAAGCCCAAGAUCCCUUCAGUUCCUCCAGUCUGAUGGGUAACUCCCCAGUGAAAACACCAGUGCCUGUACAACUUCAGACCAACGACCAGAGUGAGCCUCUGGCCCAGCCUACUGUACAGGUUGAAGUCAUGGGUUCUUUCAAAGCCUCCAAUCUGAUCGGUGACUCCCCUGUCAAGAUUCCAAUCCCUGCUGAACUUCAGGACAAAAUCCAAGAUCCCUUCAAAGCCUCCAAUUUAAUGGUCAACUCUCCAUUGAAGCCCCAGAUCUCUGCAGAACUUCAGAUCACUUCACAAGGUGAUGCUGUGGAUCCAUUUAAGGCCUCCAAUCUGAUGGGCAACUCUCCGGUAAAGACUCCAAUCCCUGCAGAACUUCAGGACAAAGCCCAAGAUCCCUUCAAAGCCUCCAAUUUAAUGGUCAACUCUCCAUUGAAGCCCCAGAUCUCUGCAGAACUUCAGAUCACUUCACAAGGUGAUGCUGUGGAUCCAUUUAAGGCCUCCAAUCUGAUGGGCAACUCUCCGGUAAAGACUCCAAUCCCUGCAGAACUUCAGGACAAAGCCCAAGAUCCCUUCAAAGCCUCCAAUUUAAUGGUCAACUCUCCAUUGAAGCCCCAGAUCUCUGCAGAACUUCAGAUCACUUCACAAGGUGAUGCUGUGGAUCCAUUUAAGGCCUCCAAUCUGAUGGGCAACUCUCCGGUAAAGACUCCAAUCCCUGCUGAACUUCAGGACAAAGCCCAAGAUCCCUUCAAGGCCUCCAACCUGAUGGUCAACUCUCCAGUUAAGACUGAGACCUCAGCAGAGCUUAAGAUUACUGCAGAAAAUGAAGCCAUGGAUCCAUUUAAGGCCUCCAACCUGAUGGCGAAGAUUCUGACCGUGAAGUCUCUGGUCUCAGUGGACCCCCAAACCGCUGGGUACAGUACCGAGGAGGAGCCAGAGAUGGCGGUCAAAGCUGUCGAGCCGCUGGACGAAACUCUUCCCUUCGUCCCUUCCUUGGAACAUUCGCUAGCUGACUUGUCGACGGAGGUGCGCUCCACAGAAAGCACCGUGAUCAUCGACCUGAAGCAGAUGGAUGAGUCUCUGUGUGAUGUAGGUUUGGAGGCAGAGGAAGAUGCUGUAGAGGUGUUGGAUCCCCAAGACCAAAGUGGCCCGGUCAGUGAUGAUGCUUCUAAGCCUGUGGCAACCUCCCCUGUAACACCAAAAGGGUCAUACAACUUUGAUUUUGACAACCUGGACUCUGUCAACCCCUUUCAAACGGGAGGCUCCAAACUUCAGAAUUCCCCUGUAAUUAAGACACUGCCCACCCAAGCCCCUCCUGUUGCACCAGAGGUGCCUAAGAAGAUUGAUGUGAGCAAAGAAUCAGUCCUGCCAGAGAGCAAACCUGCUGCUUUGACCCCAAGCAUCCAGACCCCCAAGGGUUCUUGUACUUUUGAUUUCGCCCCUUUUGGGACCGAUCUAGAGAUGGACAGCACUCCCAAAUCUUGCUCCAAAUCCUUUCUAAGCCCGAUGGGUGGAAACCUUUCCCUGCAAGUUUCCCAAGACUGCUUUGGCUCUGAGAACAACGCACUUGUUCAAAAGGACAAAGCAAAGGAAGCUCUGCACAGGGUUGAAGAUGUCGCUCCUGUUAAAAUGGACUUGGUGUUGCCUGCAGCAGAGGUGAAGACCCUUCCCGCAGUGGGCAGUUUGGUCUCUGCGGCGUCGCCCAUGGAGUGCCCACCCAUUCCCAAGCAGCCAGAGUGGCAAGCCCCAGAGCUCCCUGUCAAACCGGAUCCAGCAGAGAAGCCUCAGAACGGCCUUGUAGCAGCGGAAGAAGAGUUCGUUCCUGGAGCCGCUUUCAUGUCUGCUGAUUUUGGCCAGAUUGACUAUCUUGAGCAGUUUGGGUCCACCAGGUUCAAGGAGUCUGCCCUGCGGAAGCAGUCUCUAUACCUGAAGUUUGACCCUCUUGUGAGGGAGAGCCCCAAGAAGCCUGCAGCCUGUACCCUGGACACACAGCAGAUACCCCUACCCCCCUCCUUUGCAUCACGGUUGGAGAAGCAGGCAGGCGGGCCCAAACCUGCCAAGGAGAGCAGCUCUGAGAAGACUGACGCACUCUUUUUCCUGGAGGGUUUCCCAGCACCAGCUGCAGCUCCCCUUGUGUCUGGUCCCUCCUCCGCUUUCGACUCGCUGGUGCCCCCCCUCCACAAACCGGCCGGGAAGGAAGCCGCCAUCAUAGAGGUGCUCAUGUACAGCCAGAGCGACCUGGACGAUAUCAUCGCAAAGGUCCAAUCAGAGGCAAAAGAGAGGGAUGAAGAAUGGAAAGCCAGGUUUAACAAACUGUUGCAGAAAAACAAGGAGAUGGGGGAAAUCAUGGCUGACUUUGAGGCAACUGUAUCUGAGGUUAUUGCGGACAGUAAGAAGCAGAAGGUGGAGUCCCAUGCGAAGCUGCAGAAGGUGGUUGAGGAGAAGGAGCAGGUGACCAUGGACCUUAAUGCCAUGGAACGCUCCUUGGCAGAGGUCUUCAAAAGGCUGGAGAAGUGCAAGGAGGUCAUCGAAGGGUACAAGAAGAACGAAGACAUUUUGAAGAAGUGUGCCCAGGAUUACCUCACAAGGAUCAAACGGGAGGAGCAGCGCUACCAGGCUCUGAAAGUGCAUGCGGAGGAGAAGAUCAGCCUAGCAAACGACGAGAUCGCGCAGGUGCGCUCCAACCUGAAAGCGGAGACGUCUGUGCUGCAGGCCCAGCUACGCAGGGAGCAGAUGAAGGCGUGCUCGCUGGAGAAGAGUCUGGAGCAGAAGGCAAAAGAGAUCGAAGAGCUGACCAAACUUUGUGAUGACCUCAUUGCAAACGUGCAGAAACGCUGAACGUCGUCUUUGUCCAUCCUCGUCUUUGUCUUUUAUAUAUGUUUUUAAGUGUUGAAAACUUGACUUGUUAAUAAAAAUCAUUGAGUGGUGAUUCCUGUAUUGUCUUGCACUGUGCGUAACAUGUAGUUGGCAGCCCUGUUGAAGUCACUUUACCGCUUGUGUUGCGUUUAUAAAUGGACCACUGGAAUUUGUCCUGGAACAAUGACUGUCGAAGUAGCUUGGUGUUCUUUUUCAAUUUGAUAAUUUCACACUUUGAGGUUCAGUUCUAAAAUGCAUUACUAAUUACAGACAUUGGGAUAUUUGAUAUUGUUAGUGGUUUGAACACAUUUCAUUGCAGUUUUCUGGUGUUGCCUUGUAAUUUCUAAAUGAAAUGUAAAAAUCUACGUUUUGUUAUACGGAAUAAAAAAUCUAUUUAAACUA